UUGGAAGUGAUACUAAUCGGCCUGUGUUUGUUUACAGUAUAUAAUGUUAGGAGGCUACAUGCUAAAGCUAAGCUGUCAGAACACUUGCACGAGUCUCGGUGUUGUCGAAACCUGGUUGUGUGUCUGAAUGUACUUCUAGGAGCGAGAUUAGUCUGAGUAAGCCAUGGCUCAGACUGAGAAGAAAGCAGGGCUCCUGAGGAGAACAUCCUCUUCGAAGAAGCCUCUGAAGGAGAAGGUGGUGCUGAUGUACGAGGAGAUAUUUGCAAAGGAAGACCCUACUAAGAACAAUCCUCGCUUCUGGGAUGAGCUGUUUCUGAUGAAGGUCAAUCUGGAGUAUCUGGAGGGGAAGUUGGAGUCUCUGGACGGGGAUGAAGUCGUGAAAAUCAAAGACAACGUCAACAGUUUGUUCCAUCACUGUGUUCAAGCUCUGGCUGAGGAGCACCAGAUCAAAGUAGUCAAUGCGCUUCAGACUCUCUGUGCGCUGUUUCGAGGAGUUCACCACAAGAACAAAUCCGCCACAGGCUUUGACAUCAUCAACAUGCUGAUGGGCUUCGACAAAGCUGAGCUCCGAAUGAAGGAGCUAAUGGAGAGUCUGGACAGUCUGCUGUGCGGUGAUGGAUCAGAGAGUCUGAAGAGUUUGUGUCUGAAACUACUGCUGUGUCUGGUCACUGUGACCGAUAAUAUUAGUCAGAACACCAUACUAGAGUAUGUGAUGAUCAACAGUAUAUUUGAGGCCAUUCUACAGAUUCUGUCUGAGGUUUCCAGUCGAGCGCAGCACGGAUAUGAUGCUGUGGUACUUUUAGCUCUGCUGGUCAACUAUAGGAAGUAUGAGUCUGUGAAUCCUUAUAUUGUGAAACUGUCGAUAGUGGACGACGAGCCGACCCUGGAUGGCAUGGGAAUGGUCAUCCACCACGCACUUGCUGAGUACAAUAGACAGUAUAAAGACAAAGAAGAAGAAAACCAGGGAGGCUUUUUCUCCACCCUCACCAGCAUGGUGGGCAGUAUGUUUAUCGCUGACGCAGAUGAGAAGCUGUCAGUGCAGACUAAUGAAGCCAUCCUGCUCGCUCUCUAUGAGGCCGUGCAUCUCAACAGAAACUUCAUCACAGUUCUUGCACAGAGCCAUCCGGAGAUUGACAUCGCAACAACCCCUGCUGUGCCCGUCCCAGCCUCUCCUCUGACCCCGCUGGGCACCACACCGCCCUCUCUGGACAUGAUGAAUAAUCCUGAGCUUCCUCUGGACCCAAACCUGCAGACAAGUAAUCUUCUUAUAACCUUCCUCAAGUAUUCCUCCAUCGUAAUGCAGGACACCAAAGAUGAACACAGACUCAACAGUGCCAGGCUUUGCCUCAUCAUUCUGACCUGCAUAGCCGAGGACCAGUACGCCGACGCCUUUCUCCACGAUGAUAACAUGAACUUCAGGGUCAACUUGCACAGAAUGCCCAUGAGGCAUCGAAAGAAAGCGGCGGAUAAGAGCAUCCCCUCUCGGCCUUUAGUUUGUGCGGUUCUGGAUCUGAUGGUCGAGUUCAUCGUUACUCAUAUGAUGAAGGAGUUUCCUAUGGAUCUCUACGUACGCUGCGUUCAGAUAAUCCACAAACUGAUCUGCUACCAGAAGAAGUGCAGAGUUAGGGUGCACUACACGUGGAGAGACUUCUGGUCAGGUAUGAUCUUACGCUGUUUUGUUUUUGUCUUUUCGCUUUUUGGUUUGCUAUUUAUUUUCAUUUUAGUUUUAUAUAUAGUAAAUAUUUUAUAUAUAUAUAUAUAUAUAUAUAGUUACGACGAGCUCUAUUAUGAGAUUAUACGCAUGCAUCAGGUGUUUGAUAACCUCUACUGCAUGGUGCUGCGAGUCUCCACCAACGCAGGCCAGUGGAAGGAGCCUGCUAGUAAAGUUACUCAGGCUCUCGUCAACGUCAGAGCCAUUAUUAACCACUUCAACCCUAAGAUUGAGUCGUACGCCGCUGUGAACCACAUCUCACAGCUCUCAGAAGAUCAGGUGCUGGAGGUGGUGCGCUCGAACUACGACACGCUAACCUUGAAGCUACAGGACGGUCUGGAUCAGUUUGAGCGUUACUCUGAGCAGCCCAGAGAGGCCGGCUUUUUCAAGGAGCUGGUUCGCUCCAUCAGUCUGAACGUGAGGAAGAACGUGUCUCUGAGUACCAUGAGUCGGGACGUCCUGCUGAAGGAGUUCUCCUCGAUAUCCUGAGACGACGGGACCUUUGACCUUCAUACUGACACAUCUGAGGCUUCUCCAGAACCGGACAGGACUGGAUUUGAUCUUCAGGCUGGAUUACUGAUGCAGUGUGUGUGUGAGUUUGCUCGCACUCACAACUGACUCGUAUUGGCUUCACAAAGCAAUCAGCCCAACUUUGCACAAUGUGAAUUUCAAUUCUGACUACCCGUUUUUUUUUCUCCUUUAUUGGCGGUCCAGUGCUGAUUCUAUUGCAUAUACUUCAUUGCCUUAGCACCAAACCGAUGAAAGCCAAUGUGCUUGCACAGAAUUACCAGCGAUUUUCAGUUCUUUUCUACAUUCAGAGUGAAUGCAAAGAAAAUAUCCUAUUUUCAUGAGCCUGAAAAAGAAAUGUGUGGGUCAUAAUUCACAUAUAUAUACGAAAGAAAGAAAAUUAUAAUUUGCAUUAAUAAAAUGAAGCCAUUAAGAUUUGCAUUCUGACACAUUUUCGUGAUAAACACAUUUUUUCUCCAAAUUCUCAUUAUUGUAAUGCAAAAAAAGAAAAGAUUCUCAUUACCGUAAUGCACCAGAAAUCUCAUUACCUUCAUCAACUAAUGAUCAUUUUUACAUCCUUUUUCAUUAACAAAUUAAAAAAUUCAGUUUAACACAUGCUACCAUAAUGCAUAUUUGCAAUUUUAAAUAUUUUUUAAUAUAUUACGGUAAUGAGAAUUUGUGAAAUUGGCUUAAUUGUCCUCUCAUUACAAUGCGCUACAAUCUCAUUCUCAUUACCGUGAUACAGUAAUAAUAUAUUUUCUGUGCUUUUUUUAUUCAAAAUAGCAUUUACAUACCAUUAUUUACCGUUUUGAAUAUGAUAUACAUUUUUAUAAUGAUAAUUUGGGUGUAAAAUUACAUCACAAUGCAAACAAAUAUUAAUAUUCCUAAAACAGGUUUCAUUUUCAUGACGUUUCAGCACAUUUCCUCUCAAAUUCUUAUCAGAAUGUGUACAAAUCUCAUACCAUAAUACAAUAAGAAUUAUUAUCCUGUCCUUUUUUUAUUAAAAACAUAAUUUCAGUGUAACACACAACGCCGUAAUGCAUGAUUAAAAUUGUACUUUGGAAUUUAAAUGAUAUAUCUUUAUUACGGUAAUGAGAACUUGAGGAGAGAAUUUAAUUUCCUUGUCAUAUUAAUAAAUCGAUAGGCUUUAUUUUUAAGCAAAAUAUAAUUUCUUAUUCCUUCAGCUUUUUAAAAUGUGACCUGGACAUUUCAUGAGAUUCACAGAAGCGCAUUAAUUUUAAAAAAAUCUGACAGUCUCUUAAUUCUCUUGGCUCUCUCUCAGUAUAUCCCAGUAUUGCAAGAUGUUUCAGUAUGGUAUCAUGAAAAGUUAUGAAGUUGCAGUGUAAAAACUGCUGUAUGUUGAGUUGUAUAACACCGGGUAAAGAAAGAAACAAAUGUAUUAACUUGACACUCCACUGAAAGCUAGUUCUAGAGAAUUCGGAACAUUCUAGAAUCCAAACCAGUUCUAAUUAGUCCAGUUUAAACCAACACGUGGAGGAUAACUGAAUAAAACAAACACAUUUCAAAGAAAUUCUUGGUAAAUUCUUCCUGGGUUUGGUCCUAAUUGAGUAUUUGGCUUCCUUUGCCUUAGUAUUCUUAUUUAUGGGUGUUUGUUUCCUUAUUAAAUCUUGUUUUGUA